GUCUACGUCCAUCUGGAUUGCUGAGUGAGAGAGAAAAAAGAAAAGAAAAGAAAGAAGAAGGUCCAGACUCAGGGAGUCUGAAAUCUGAAUUCCAGAGGGAGAAAAUUAAAUUUGAUUUCUAAUCGAGAUGAGUCGUUCGAAUUCAAUUCUCGUGAUUUGCUUCUGUUUGUUGUCUGUUACUCCUACCCUUCUCGCCAAGUCUCGCCGCCCAAUCUCUGACUCCGAGGUCAGGCAGAAGAAGAUGGAUUGUUAUGCCGAUAUAGAGAGCGGAUUGUGGGGUCUGAAGUGUAAAUCUUCAUCGGUAGCGAAGGAGAAUUGUGCAUUACGUUGCCUUUCUCCACAAUGUUAUGAGCUUGUCUAUGAAAGUGAUCCGCUUGAAGAAGGAGAAAAAGACUUUGUUCGCAGUCAAGAGUACAAGUACUGUAUGCAUAAGUUAUCUCUGGGAGAGAGCCUAGAAGGUAUAAAGGGAUCCUUCGACUACUAAUGUAUUUAAUCUGAUUUCUCUCCUACUGUAAUUGUAUUUCUCUGCCUCGUUCUUCUGUAAUACGUAUAUUUUUCAGAAAAGGGAAAAAUCUAAACUUAGAGACAAGUACUGCUGGAAAUGACAAAGAAAAAAACGUUUAUUUAUGUUAUCAGUCCUCUUCAUAGAGAUGGAAUACAGGUGGCCAUUAUAAGCUCCA